AAAGCUACGUCGAGCUUGGCACGUUUCGCUCCUUGGGCGAUAUGAUGAUAUCUUAUUAGACGAUGGGUAGAGCACCUUGGUUUAUUGGUACACCUAGACGGAGAUGAGCCCCGUCUAGGUACCUAGCAUAUCAACUCCUAUUGUGAUGCCUACCUCCCUACCGGGUCUCAUCAGAAUAUUAUCAGCCUCCUUACGACCCAGACUAGGUACCUAGUAGUCAGCGUCUCCACCAAGUUCAAAGCUUUGGUCUUGUAAAGACAUGAAUAUUUGAUCAAAUCCCAUCUAGACGUACAUAUUUCUUGCCUCAUGCAUUCUCAUUUUGCACGAUAGCAUCAGCGAAAUUUCUUGAGCUUGCCCUGGCGGUAUCUUUACUUCUGCCCUGGCGGCUUUAUAUCCCUACAAUUAUUCUUGAAAUUUGAGCGACCUGCGAUACCUCCUAUUUUCCUAAUACCUCAUACUAAGACUAAUCAUGUCCGAACACUCUUGCCCAGUCUCUGGCUCCGUCAGGGGCAAAUGUCCAGUCGGUCACGCUCGUUCAAGCAGAAGCAGUAGUCGAGCCGGCCCACGAGGUUGUGCCUUCUCAGGCUAUGGCCAACCGGGAGAUAUUCACGCAGCAUUUGACAUUCCACGAGGUGUUGAUGCUGAAGAAUGGCUCCGGAUGAGAGAGCGCAAAUCAAUAAAUCAGUUGCUUUAUACCAACAUCCCAUCGGUUAAAGAAAUUGACGCAGUAAAGACUCAAGCGGAAUUAGAUGCGUUCAAUGUACAUGAGCAGGACCUAUUAGCAGUCGCAUUAGGGGCGCCUGCAAGACAAGUCAUGCUGAGAGCAGAAGAGAUUGGCUCGAAGACAGGCUGGAUCGACGGAUAUCUAAGUGCAGAGCAUGGUUUCUGCCCUGUAGAUUACGAAGAAGCCGCUGGGGCCUUAGCAAAAACACCAGGUCGCAUAUGGGCGGAUCUUUGCGAGCGGAUGCCUGGCUGUGUUGCUAGAGGACGUGUCCAAGAGUCUAUCGCCGCAAUAACUCUUGUAGAAGGCACCAAAGAGGUGAUUCCGGAUCAAGCACUAUGGGCGGCUCUCGUAGCACUGGGGAUGUUGUGCUCCAUUUAUCGGUUCGAGAUCAAAAACGACGGCAGUAACGGUAUCACUUCGACACGAAAUGAGAAGAAGAGGCCAAACGUCCCAAUGGGAGAUGAUCUCGGCGAAGAGUUAGUUGGCAUCCCGCUAUGCAUAGCGUUGCCGUAUUACCAGGUUUCUCGUCGCAUGGGCCGAACGCUGCCUCAUCUCACCUUUCCUGAUCAGUCAUCCUACAACAUCAAGAUCCGAGAUCCUACAUCCAACUAUCCUUACCUAGCACGAUUCGAUAACAUAGAUCUCCGGUGGCCUAUAUUCGGCGAGAAAGCUGAGGUUGCUUUUCUCAAGGGCUGUGCCGAAACAUCAGCAUCUUUCCAGCAUGGGCCUGAUGCAAUUGCUGCUUGCCAGGAACAUGUCAUGAACAAAAACGUCGAAGGACUUCUUCGCGAAAUGAUUCGGCUGAAGGAGAUCUUGGAGCGUAUGCCCAACGCCUUCCAUUCCAUCAAUGUAAACCCGAAUUCGGGUGAAAACUAUGUUCCCGUCCACCAGUGGGUUCGUUGGGCCAAGUUCUCUGCGCCCCUAUCCAAGAGAUGUCCAGCUUCUUCGGGUUUGCAAUUUCCACCAUACCUCGUCAUGGACGCCUUCUUGGGUCGUAAAAAGUACACUUCAUUCCUUGGUGCAGAGGGUGUACAUUUAAGGGCCUGGCUCCCUUCUAAUCUGCGAGCCUUCAUUGCUGCGAUCGAGUAUCAUUACCGCAUUCCAGAAUUCGUUCAACAAUCAGGCGACCCACGGUUGAUGGGAGUUUUGGAUGGUAUAAUUGAAGCGUACACGGGAGAACGAGGCUUCAUGGGCACUCACCGAUACAAAGUCUUUGGGAUCCUUGAGAUCGCGGCUAAAAUAGGACGAACAGAAACAAACGGCCUGUCCGGUGCUACUGAUGCUUCCCGUCCAUGGGAAGAAUCCCACAAGCAAUUCUCCGAUGCCAUGAAAGAGCGUCUUGAGCCUUAUCGUGGAAAUCUAUCGAUUGAACCUCAUCAGAUGAGAGGCACCUUCGAGGAAUGUCGUUACGUUACCAGAAUCCUGAACCGAUCCCAUGUCGAUUCUGACCCAACGCGGGCUAUUGCUCUUGUAACGUUGGAUAUUCAAGAUACGGGAAUAACUUUCAUGCCCGGUGAUCGUCUAGCGGUCAUGCCGCUCAAUAGCUGGGAGGAAUGUGCAAAGGUUGCCGCCGCAUUGGGCUUGGAAGCACAUAUCGAUAAUCCCGUUGAUGUUACUGGUACUUGGUCUCGUUUCGAGCAGCAUAUUACGUCUGUAAGACGAGCAACCCCAAAGAAGUUGACGGUGAUCGACAUCCUUCGUCGUGGCCACCUAGCACCUAUCACCAAAGACCUCGCUCUAAAGGUCCACGGUAUGCUUGCUGCCUCGUCAAAUACCGUCCUUCAAGUUCUAGCAACGGACGAAUGGCCCGUUAGAGGCUCACUUGGGGAUAUGUUGCAAGCUGCGCUGAUGGAUACCCCCACUCACAUAUGGGACAAGGCCUUCAGUUUAGACAACCUUUCAUGGCUAGCCGAACUUAUCUCCGUCGAGGUGCCUCGUACCUAUUCGAUAGCUAGCUAUACUGAUGAGCUUCUUCCGAGCACCGUGGACUUGGCUAUUUCACGCGCCGAGUACAAGGUAUGCUCGACAUUUUCUAAGCAAGAGGACAUCAGCCGUGCUGGUGUUGCUAGUGGGUUCUUUAACCCCUCUCCACCAUCAGAUGAUAUGGUCUCCGACGACGAGAUCCUAGUUGGCGUAUCGCGACCCAUGGCCUUCCAAUUGCCCCUAGAUAGUAUGGCUCCCUGCGCGUUCUUUGCUGGCGGUAGUGGCAUUGCCCCAUUCCGAAGUUUCUGGCAAUAUCGGUUGAACACCAACGGCUUAUCAGGGGGCAAGAACUAUUUAUACCUGGGUGUCCAGUCACGCGAGAAGUUCUGCUUCGAGGACGAAUUGAGAGAGUAUGUGAAUGCGGACUUUAUGGAUGUCCAUGUAGCUUUCUCAAGGGAUUCUCGCGGUCUUGUCUACGACCCACACUCACGCGACUUAGUUGAAAGACACAUUCCGCCUCGGUAUAUCGAUACUCUGAUUGUCGAGCAAGGUGCUAAUAUAUCCGACCUUGUCAUGUCGAAGAAACAGGGUGGUCUAGGCGGGUACCUUUACGUCUGUGGUUCCGUUGCCGUAUUCGACUCCGUCAUGAAUGGAAUCCGCAAAGCACUUUACACUCACUGUACGGCAACUAUGGAGAACGUCGACCUCAUUGUCAACAAGGCGUUUGCGGAACGUCGGUUCAUGCUCGACGUCUUCAUGACGCCUAAGCCACUUCCCUGUAAUUUACCAACGAUUCCUCUGUCGCAGCUCGCCCAGCACACCGGUCAUAGACCGGGAUCUCGGAUGUGGAUCGGUGUGCACGGAAGUGUCUACGAUGUAACUGAUUUCACUCCCAUGCAUCCCGGAGGCACUCAGAUCAUCAAAUCCAACGCUGGCGUCGACUGUUCCAAGUCCUUUGAUAACCUGGCUCACACUAACAAUCCCGAAGUGGCCAGUCUUUUGACCAAGUAUUUCGUUGGUCAUCUCACACCGAAACCCGAAUAUCAAGGAGGCGAGGAGGAAAUAUCUUCUCUGUACGACAUUUGGUCGGCGUACCUUCGCACUACGGUUGAGACACUUGUAGCACAUCAAAUCGAAAUGGACGAACUUCAAGGAGCCUCGCUAACAGCUCCCUCAAAUUACAGCCCGGAUGGUAAUAUAAAUAUCUGGCGACGUGAAGAUCUACCAAGUACUAUAGCCAUUCGUGCGUUCUAUGCCUAUCAGAGCAGACUACUUCAAGGGGGGUUUACCGCCUUGUUCGGAGCGAAGCUACAGGAACUCGUGCUCAAGUUAUCAUUCAGCAUUGCCAGUUCGGGUGGUGGUAUGGCGAACAUUCAACUACCAGACGUUCUAGGGGCAGUAGCCCGUGCAAACUCGAGCUCAGACGCUAUGACAUGUAUGAACGAAGUAGCCCUCGUCGGCCAGUUCGUCUGUGGGGCUGAAGGCGACUUACGUUUUCAAGAGCGCGGCGUUUUCGCCUACGCAGCCAAGAGUGUAGAGUUGGAUAUCGAACUGCUUGAAGAUCUACGCCAAGAAAUUGGUACCGGCAUGGACGCAUUUGACAGCAUUACCAACUCAUUCAAUACGCCUGAUAAGAUGCAGGAUCCGGACUUGGAUGCAAACCGCCUUACCGCCCUCUCGACUUUCCUCCUCCAGAUCCUCGAGCGCGUCUCACGGCGCUUAGGAAUCUUUUACGCCCAACUAGCCCAGUGUUCGGUCUACCGGCCCGAACUCGAGCGUAACCCCGCGAGAACACGGUGGGCUCUUGUGCGACGCUGUAUCCGAGACGGGAGCUUAUUCGUGAUGGCACAUAAAGCGGCCGUCGACGUUGUCGCAGCAGGACAGCAAUCUUCAUACUACAUGUCCCGCUCCAACCCUAACCAGAACAUCGAUUUCGACAACAUCAUGACCCAAGUGCGAGCCACCCUCGGUCUAGCAGCGCAAGCUGAAACGCAGAUAAAUGUUCCGCAGCACCCAAUCACUCUGAACGCCGUGCAUCAAGCCAGGGGCAGGAGCUCUGGCAACGCCAGCGCAGUCGCAACGCGGGAUAACGUCGGUGCUCUCCGGGCCAUGAACACCUUCGUAGAGAAAAACAACAAGGCGAUCCGGCGGCUCAGCAAGAUGCCCCCGAUGCCUAUGAGCUUCGAGGAGCUGCAAAAGGCGGGUCUCGCAAUGGGGCGGGCAGGACUCCACUCACCUCCAGCAGAUCCACACGACGCGCUGGCAGCUUUGAACCUCGGCUACGGAGCGCGACUCCCAACGCCCCCAUCAAGUCGCGGUUCAAGCCGCUCUCGAUCCCGCACCCGCCAGUCCUCAAGUGGGAUGUCAGCCUCCGCCGAGAUGCUCCUCAGCAAGCUGAGCCAGUCGCGCACGCGGCAGGGCUCGAUACACAGUCGCCACACAUCUUCCGCAACAUCACAGCAUCAACAUCAACCGCAGCAGCACCAUAACGCAUCAAAUGCAUACUACCCCGUCAUAGGCGGCCACCCCAUGUCCACCACCGCUGGCCACCACCCGAAGAGCAGCGUCCACGCCGCCAUGAGCUCCAUGAUGGGACACCUGAACACGCGGCCGCACCCACCGAACAGCAGCGUCGCUUCCGGCAUGCCCCCCACGGUCGAGCGCGUGAGGUCGCUGUCGAGGUCUAGCAGCGUGACGUCACAUCACGGCCAUCGGCAUGGACAUGGGCAUGUAUCGGCGCAGUCGACGAAUUCGCUGCGCGCGUUCAAACUCAGGGGGUUAGUUGAGGCAGAAGAGAGGUUUGCGCCGCCGAGUUAGAGGGAGGGUUUUGGGUAUGUUUUUUGUUGGAGGGAUGCAUUGUAUGCUGGGUAGGGCUGUCGAGAUAGAUGGAUAGGGAAAAGGGGGGUUUGUUUUAGUCGGCUACAUAUUAUGCAGGUACAUAAAAUAAGAAGGUUCUCUACCUACACCACUGAUAAAUAAAUGGUCACAUAAAGAUACUAGGUAUACCUGUAC